AUAAUUGGAAGUCAUAUAGUAGGAAAAAUCAAUAAAAUAAUCAUUCCAUUUCGUCUUUUGAGGGCAUUUUUGAUUGUAAAAAAUAUAUGUGUACGUCACCGUAGUCUCUGCAAUGAUAAUUUUAUCAGAGCAGUCUCGCGCAAGUAGAAGUUCUUUACCUAUUAGUUCUUCACUUAUUAGUCUCAACGUCUGGCGCAAAGCCAGACGUUUUCCAAUACGAUUUCACUACGAUGUUUGACAAGAAGGAGCAGUGCGCGAGAUAUGCUAAUGAGCAGACUUCCCUCGCUUGAGUUUCUGAAGAAUGUUCCAUAUCGCGCUAAGCUCAUCACUACUGAUUAUGACAGGCGUGCAACGGCACACAUCCACAGAGCACUCUUCAAAUCAUCUACACAGUGGUUAUCCAACUAGGAUUAUAAAGGCACACAUUGACAUUGACCACUGUUGCAGUCAACGACACAGUCGCUAUCCAAGUAGCAUUAUAGAGCUGUCAUGCAACGCAACAACUGUGCUAUCUGCCAUCGCACAUCAACGAAGAAGUGCAGCCGCCCACAUUCCACCUCACGUCUGUCCGACCAGCUGCAAUCCUCGAGGACGCCCCACUGUACCACGAUUUCACUACGAUGUUUGACAAGAAGGAGCAGUGCGCGAGAUAGGCUAAUGAGCAGACUUCCCUCGCUUGAGUUUCGGAAGAAUGUUCCAUAUCGCGCUAAGCUGACCACUGCUGACCAUGACAGGCGUGCAUUGGACUGGUACAGGUUGGAACUGAACAUUGAAUAUGCUGGUGGUGACGCUUUCUGAUGAGAAGUUGGUCGUGACUGAUGCAGUAUCCUUGGACUUGUCCACAGCAUCGUUCAAUCAUUGCUCUCUGAGCUGCCUUGAUUCUGUACUUACCCAAAUACUAAGACCAAAUGCCUGUUGACUGUGCUUUAAGAGAGACUGGCGCCAUGCCUAGAGAUAUGACUGACCCCUAUUGGCAAAUUUGUAUGACUUUAUCUUGCCUACCUAGCUGCUGCCUAUA